UUUACAGCCCUAAAUGCUGUUGCAGAUGUAGCUAGCUUCCUAGCUAGCGCAAUGUUAUGGUAACCGUCUUUGGAAUAACACACAAUUGUCGAAACAGGUGAUUUGACUCAUUUCCCCUCCAUUCAUGAGCCUGGCUUGGUUUAGCUGUCAUGGAUGACAAGGCCUCGGUGGGGAAAAUUAGCGUGUCGUCCGACUCCGUGUCCACCCUGAACAGUGAGGACUUUGUGCUGGUGUCGCGGCUGGGGGACGACACCCCAGGCUCCUCCACUAAUAACGGUAGUGAUGACGAAAAGACCGGACUGAAGGUGAUUUCUGAGGAAGGGGUCAGCUUUAAGAUUGUGGGGAACGGCAGUGAGCAUCAGUUGCAGCAGGAGCUGGAGGAUGUUCUGAUGGACCCUUCUGUAGCUGAGCAGGCGCUGGGUGGUGGCGUCCCCAGUGGUGGCGGCGUGGAGGAUGUUCUGAUGGACCCUUCUGUAGCUGAGCAGGCGCUGGGUGGUGGUGUCCCCAGUGGUGGCGGCGUGGAGGAUGUUCUGAUGGACCCUUCUGUAGCUGAGCAGGCGCUGGGUGGUGGUGUCCCCAGUGGUGGCGGCGUGGAGGAUGUUCUGAUGGACCCUUCUGUAGCUGAGCAGGCGCUGGGUGGUGGCGUCCCCAGUGGUGGCGGCGUGGACCAGGCAGGCGGGGUAGACCAUGUUUUCUCCCCCACCAUGGCAGCACCACCCGAGCCCCAACUGUGCCCUGACCCCCUCGGCACCCCGGCCAAAGUUGAGAUGGUGCUCCCCGUCCAAUCUGCAGCGCAGGAGAGUGAGCUGAAUGAACGAUCUUACCGCGGGGAUGAGUCGUCAUCGGAGUGCAGCCCCAGUACGCCCAUCCCAGACGAGGACAGUGUGGUCUUUAAUAAGCUGACCUACCUGGGCUGUGCCUCGGUCAACGCUCCCCGCAGUGAGGUGGAAGCGCUCCGUAUGAUGACCAUACUCAGAGGGCAGUGCCAGCUACCCCUGGACGUCACCCUGUCUGUGCCUGGAGUCUCAGAGGGCACCGUCAGGUUGCUGGACCCCCAGACAAGCACAGAGAUAGCCAGCUACCCCAUCUACAAGAUCCUGUUCUGUGUGCGGGGUCACGACAGCACGCCAGAGAGUGACUGCUUCGCCUUCACGGAGAGCCAUUACAACGCAGAGAUCUUCCGCAUCCAUGUCUUCCGUUGUGAGAUCCAAGAGGCGGUCAGCAGGAUACUGUACAGCUUCGCCACGGCCUUUAGGCGGUCCUCCAAGAAGACACUCCUCUCGGGCAUGGCUCCGCCCCUGACUCCAGACAGCGACGUCUUCACCUUCACCGUCAGCCUGGAGAUCAAGGAGGAUGAUGGCAAAGGGACCUUUAGUGCUGUGGCGAAAGACAAAGACAAGAACAGCUUCAAGCUGCGUCCGGGAAUGGACAAGAAGAUCGUCAUCUACGUUCAACAGACGUCUAAUAAGGAGCUGGCCAUAGAGAGGUGCUUCGGCCUCCUGCUGAGUCCAGGGAAGAACGUGAAGAACAGUGACAUGCACCUGCUUGACCUGGAGUCGAUGGGGAAGUCCUCUGAUGGGAAGUCCUACAUCAUCACAGGGAGCUGGAAUCCCAACACACCUCAGUUCCAGGCUGUUAACGAGGAGACACCCAAAGAUAAGUUCAUGUACAUGACGACGGCGGUGGACCUGGUGAUCACUGAGGUGGAGGAGCCGGUUCGUUUCCUUCUGGAGACCAGGGUCAGAGUCUGCUCUCCCAACGAGAGGCUAUUCUGGCCCUUCAGCAAACGCAACUACACCGAGACCUACUACCUGAAACUCAGACAGAUGGAGCGUAAGAGUAACAACGAUACCCUGUACGAGGUGCUGAGCCUGGAGAGUGAGUCAGAGAGGGAGAGGAAGAAAACCACAGCCAGCCCAAACAUCCUGCAGUCUUCCUCCCACGGCUCCAUGGUGCCAUCGCCUCCCGAGGAUGAUGAGGAGGAAGACAAUGACGAGCCGUUGCUGAGUGGCUCGGGAGACGUGUCAAAGGAGUGUGCUGAGAAGAUCCUGGAGACCUGGGGAGACCUGCUGUCCAAAUGGCACCUGAACUUGUCGGUGCGUCCCAAGCAGCUCCCGGCGUUGGUACGUAGUGGCGUACCAGAGGCCCUCAGGGGAGAGGUAUGGCAGCUCCUGGCCGGUUGCCAUAACAAUGACCACCAGGUAGAGGAGUACCGCACCCUCAUCACCAAGGAGUCUCCCCAGGACAGUGCCAUCACCAGAGACAUCAACAGGACUUUCCCAGCUCACGACUAUUUCAAGGACACUGGAGGAGACGGACAAGACUCACUCUACAAGAUCUGCAAGGCCUAUUCAGUGUAUGAUGAGGAGAUUGGCUACUGCCAGGGGCAGUCUUUCCUGGCUGCGGUGCUGCUGCUGCACAUGCCUGAGGAGCAGGCCUUUAGUGUCCUGGUCAAGAUCAUGUUUGACUAUGGACUCAGGGAGCUCUUCAAGCAGAACUUUGAGGAUCUACACUGCAAGUUCUUCCAGCUGGAGCGACUCAUGCAGGAGUACAUCCCAGACUUGUAUAACCACUUCCUGAACGUGGGUCUGGAGGCUCAUAUGUACGCCUCUCAGUGGUUCCUCACGCUCUUCACAGCCAAGUUCCCCCUCUACAUGGUGUUCCACAUCAUAGACCUGCUUCUCUGUGAGGGCAUCAGUGUGAUCUUCAAUGUGGCUCUGGCUCUCCUGAAGACCUCGCGAGAAGACCUGCUGGCGACUGACUUUGAAGGGGCGCUCAAGUUCUUCCGAGUCCCGGUUCCCAAACGCUACCGCUCAGAGGAGAACGCUAAGAAACUUAUGGAACUGGCCUGCAGCAUGAAGAUCAGUCAGAAGAAGCUGAAGAAGUACGAGAAGGAGUACCACGCCAUGAGAGAGCAGCAGGAACAGCAGGAAGCUCCCAUUGAGAGAUACGAGAGGGAGAACCGUCGUCUCCAGGAGGCUAACAUGCGUCUGGAGCAGGAGAAUGAUGACCUGGCCCAUGAACUGGUCAGCAGCAAGAUCGCCCUGCGCAAGGACCUGGACAACGCUGAGGAGAAAGCAGACGCUCUGAACAAGGAGCUGUUGAUGACCAAACAGAAGCUGGUGGAUUCGGAGGACGAGAAGAGGCGGCUAGAGGAGGAGUCUGCGCAGCUGAAAGAGAUGUGUAGACGGGAGCUGGACAAAUCAGAGUCUGAGAUAAAGAAGAACGGUUCCAUCAUAGGAGAGUACAAACAGAUCUGCUCCCAGCUCAGUGAGCGUCUGGAGAAACAGCAGGCAGCCAACAAGGGAGAGCUGGAGAAGAUCCGGCUGAAAGUCGAAGGCUGUGAAAAGUGCUCCAUCCUGUUCAGCAAGGAGGGUCGUCUGAAGGCAGCGAGGAAGCUGAAGGAGGGCAGUGAGGAGGAGACGGACGAGGAGAAGGAGGCUCUGAAGAACCAGCUCCGAGAGAUGGAGCUGGAACUGGCCCAGACCAAACUACAGCUGGUGGAGGCAGAGUGCAAGAUACAGGACUUGGAGCACACCCUGGGUCUGGCUCUCAACGAGGUCCAGGCUGCUAAGAAGACCUGGUUCAACAGAACCUUAACCUCCAUCAAGACUGCGACGGGAGCACAGGGCAAGGAGACCACCUAACUUGAGACACUCCUUCUCGACCAUAGACUGUCUCCUUCUCCCCGCCCUGCUCCCAAACCUCCCCCUCCCGGCCUCCCCCUCCUUCUCCUAGUCAGAGGUACCACCCACUCACUGGACUGGAGCAAACCAAACCUCACCGUGACACGACGGGGGUUUAAAAAAAAAGGACUAAGCUCAAAGGUACCACUGCCCCAAACGAAACAACGUACUUAAUUAAAAAAGAAGAGAGAGGUUUCAACAUUAGUCUUUAUACUACUGAUAUUUAACAGGUAAGGAAGGAGCUUUCUAGAGAGCUACCUGAACUGUCCUUCCAGUCCAGACCUGGGAAAUACAAUCUAUUUUACUGUCCUCUCUAGACUGCUUGCACAAACAACUCCAACUGUAAUCUAAGUACUACGAGUGCUAACCGACAGCCUCUUCCUUUUUCUCAUUUCCGUUCUACCUUUCUUUUCUAUAUGUGUAUGAUUAUGAACACGCUCAUGUAUAGACGUGUGUCUGUGAAGACUGAGCACACCAGAGUGUAUGUAUGGGUGUGUUAGUGUGUGUGUGAACAUUUAGCCGAAUGUGUGUGUGUGUGUGCAUGUUUGUGUGUGCAUGUUUGUGUGACUGAUGAUGGUUCUGAGUGUGUGGCGGUGAACCUGUGAAGCUCGGAGUGCGAGUUUAGUGUAUGAAAAGUGGGUGCUGUAUAGUGUGCGGAGAUUGGCGCUAUAUGAGGAGGAAGAGGAUCUUAUUGACGAAGCCUUGAUGCGAAGGGUUAAGGUGAACAUAAUGUACAGCAUAACAGUAGAUAUAUUAGCAACAGCCUGGGGUCUGUCCGGCCGGUGGUGCAGUAGCAGACGGAGGCCACUAGUGGGCGAUGUCCUGGUGGUCCUGACGCAGUCCUCACAAUGCGCUUUCUGGGCCGGGACAGGCUGGGCUCAAAGCAUGGGAGCUGCAGAUAUAGAGAUGUGGGUGUGGCCCUCCCUUGGCUCACACACUCUUUCCCUCCACGGCUGAAAUGGCACGUUGGAUGCGGCUCAUCACUCCUCCACUCUUGAGACCAGCUGCUCCUCUGGGGUUCCUAGAUGACCCCGUGUUAUUUUAGCUCCAUGACACGCCCCCCCCCAGACCUAGUCAGUGACCCCACUCUCCCAACAUAGACAUAAACACACACAGACCUUACAGGCACCUACCUAUGCACACUCUGAAUCCACUCUCCCUAUGUAGACAUAGACAUAUACACACAUCACAGCCACCUACCUACCUACCUACACUUCUGAAAGGGAGAGAAAUGGCGAUAUGGCACACGCAUGUCAUCUAGUCGUCAGUUACAGGCUGUGUGCUUAUGUGGGAGACGGAGACAGAGGGUCAGACAGAGACAUAACUGUUGGGGCUCAUCAAAGUUCAGAGGUCGUUGGAGGUCAAGCUGGCACUCCCUAAAGGAGUCUGGGGCACGUUACGGGAUGUCAUGAACAGAGCUGACAUGAUUCCUUGUUUUACAUGCUUGCACUACAUAAUAUAUUUCUAUCUGAACGCUCCCUGGUUAGAGCUCUGUGUCCAUAUUGGGGAAGGUCCUACUCUCUACUGACAGUCUGUGUGUGGGUUUGUGGUGGGAGGAGCGGUCUUUGCACCUUAAUAUUCAUAUUUAUAACGUAUGGGAUCCGGCUAAGCUUGCUUAAGUCUGUGUUGAUGUCAGUGGAAGAAGUAAGGCCUGUGCAAUGUGCUGAGAACAGAGGCUGCUCCGUAAGGCACUGGGUUGUACAUAAAAAGCAUUCUGAUGAUGAGUUUUUGUCUAUUCUUUUGUAUUUCUACUCUCCGCUGUAAACUAAUGAAUAAUUAAGGACUGUGUUACAGAUUAAUGAGGAUCAUAAUGUAUGUUUUUUGCUCAAAGCUUCUGUCUCAUCUAUAACAUGCCAAAAUGUACCUUCUGUCUCAUCUAUAACAUGCCAAAAUGUACCUUCUUUCAUCCAACUUUACUGAACGUGUGGAACAUUGUACUAAUGUAGGUUGCAUUACUCUGCAUUUCAAUAUAAAGCUAUGAACACAG